AUGUCGAAGCUAAGCCGGGCUACUCGGACCCUCAAGAAGCCAGAGGCCGGCGGCGUGAUCCGGUCCAUUGUGCGGGCGGGUCAGGCCAUGCCCGGGCCCCCUCUGGGCCCCAUCCUGGGUCAGCGAGGCGUUUCCAUCAACCAGUUCUGCAAGGAGUUCAACGAGAAGACGAAGGACAUCAAAGAAGGCAUCCCCCUGCCGACCAAGAUUUUUGUGAAGCCUGAUAGGACAUUUGAAAUCAAGAUUGGACAGCCCACUGUUUCCUACUUCCUGAAGGCAGCCGCUGGGAUUGAGAAGGGGGCCCGGCACACAGGGAAAGAGGUGGCAGGCCUGGUGACCCUGAAGCACGUGUAUGAGAUCGCCCUGGUCAAAGCUAAGGAUGACGCCUUUGCCCUGCAGGACGCGGCCCUGUCCUCUGUGGUCCGCUCCAUCAUCGGUUCUGCUCGUUCCCUGGGCAUCCGAGUGGUAAAAGACCUCAGUUUGGAGGAGCUGGCAGCUUUUCAGAAGGAGCAAGCUGUGUUCCUGGCUGCCCAGAAAGAGGCAGACUUGGCAGCCCAGGCAGAAGCUGCCAAGAAGUGA